AUAAAGUCAGCGGGAAAAUCAAUAUUAUAUGUCACCGGCGUUCUCGUUAUCUCCGACGUGAAAUUUUCUUCGCUCGACAUUAGUACGAUUUCUACGUUAUUUUUAACACUACACAAAUUUUUGAUUAUCUACUGUUUUGUGAGCAAUAAUCGGAACUACAAUGUAGUUCCAUUAGUGCGAAUCCAUCGUUUCUGCAUCAGUUCUGCAUCUUAAACUGAGAUUUUAUUUGCCAUUUCUUCGACAUCUACAGUGCAACUGCGCUACAGUGAGCCUAUCAAGAUAGAUAUAUUUAUGCUAAUAAUAUUAGCAAAGGAUGAUUAAAGGAUAACGUGACAAAAGAAGAGCAACAAAACUAGUGGACGCAGAUUUCUAUCUUUCAUUGCUAAUAACGUAAAACUUGACUGCAAUAUAUCAACACUUGCUGAUGACUCAUUCAUUGCGACACAUUUUUUUUAUCAGCUGUUUGAUGUAACGAGAAAAGAAAAACAUACUUUAUAUUAAACAAUAUUGUGAACAAGUGUUGAAUAUUACAUAUAAACUAACAAACGUAUAUAUAUAAAAGAGAUAUAUUAAAAAAACAAGCCAACGCGCUUAUUGAUUAUUAAUUAUUAAUAACAAAUUUGUCAUUUUAAUAACGUGAAGAAUCUGAUUCUGAUAAAUAAGUUAUUUUCAAGCCAAUCUACAGAGGAAAAUUAUCACUAAAAGAAAUAAAAGCUGCAAAUCAAGAGAGCCUUCUUCUGCAAAUAAACGAUUAUCGAAAAAUAUCGUGUGAUCUCCAGAAUUGAGAUAGUGAGGGCAGAGCAAUCGUCUUCUAUGCGGCAGGAAUCCCUGACCGGUCUUAAAUUGCGACCACCGGGUGAUCACGGUGGUGUACAUCACGGCGGAGUCAUGUUGGAGGAAGAUAUGGCUGGUGCUCAAGACACGAUAUAUCUGUGCAAUUUUCGUGUGUCAGUAGACGGCGAAUGGCUCUGUCUAAAGGAGCUUCAGGAUGUCGAGUUCUCGUUACAAGACUCGAUGCGAUCACCAUCACCACCGCUCGCUCUUAGUGGUAUUAAUUAUCAUCAUGAUCAUGAUCAUCAUCAUCAUCAUCAGCAACAGCUUUCUGAACAACGAAAGCUUCGCGAUAUUAUGCCACCAAGUCCACCGCCAUUGCAGCACGUCUCCAGCUUGUCACGGGAUCCGGUGAUCAUCGAGAGGAGUAAUCUCGUUAACAUUUCAAAACUAAUUGUCAAGGAAUUGAUCGAAACGUCUUUGAAAUAUGGUCGUAUGCUCGAUUCUGAUCACAUGCCAUUGCAACAUUUUUUCAUCGUCCUUGAACAUGUGCUUAGGCAUGGUUUACGGCCGAAGAAGGGUCUUCUCGGACCCAAGAAGGAGCUGUGGGAUAUUCUCCAGCUUGUAGAGAAAUAUUGUCCCGAAGCACAAGAUAUUACGUCCAGCAUUCGUGAUUUACCAACUGUUAGGACGGCUAUGGGUAGGGCGCGUGCUUGGCUGCGUAUGGCAUUAAUGCAAAAGAAAUUAGCGGAUUAUCUGAAAGUUCUAAUAGAUCACAAAGAUGAUAUUCUAUCUGAAUAUUUUGAACCAGAUGCUCUGAUGAUGAGCGAGGAGGCCAUCGUAGUGAUGGGUUUGUUAGUUGGAUUAAAUGUGAUCGAUUGCAAUUUUUGCGUAAAGGAAGAAGACCUCGACUGUCAGCAAGGCGUAAUCGACUUUUCAUUAUAUUUGCGCAACAGUAAUCAUAUACCUGGUGAAUCGCCAGACGAUGAACUCGAAAACGACAAUAUGACUACAGUGCUAGAUCAAAAAAAUUAUAUCGAAGAGCUCAAUCGACAUUUAAACGCAACGGUAACGAAUCUCCAAGCUAAAGUAGAAUCUCUAACAACAACGAAUGCUCUUAUGAAAGAAGAUCUCGCUAUUGCUAAGAAUAACAUUUUAUCAGUUCAAGAAGAAAAUAGACAACUAAAAAAAGAACUUGGUAUCGAGAUUAAAGAUGCAAAUGAGAACGGAAAGGUACCUCUUAAAAUAACAGAAACCACUGCGGAAAUAGAAGAACUUAGAAGCAGAUUAGAAUCUGAAAAGAAAUCUCGGCAAGAUUUAGAAAAAGAAUUGGAAUUGCAGAUUAGUAUGAAAUCCGAAAUGGAAGUAGCUAUGAAGUUGUUAGAGAAGGAUAUACAUGAGAAGCAAGAUACUAUAAUAUCUUUAAGGCGACAGCUGGAGGAUAUCAAAUUGAUCAACUUGGAAAUGUACAAAAAGCUGCAGGAGUGUGAGCAUGAGCUGACACAAAAAGGCGAGAUGGUGAGCCGUCUUCACGCCAAGACCAAUCAGAUUGGCAAGAUUCUUAACAACCUCGAGAAAUAUAAUCAUUUGAUGAAGGACGGCGAAAAUAUGCGAAGCCCUACCACUCCAGGUGGUAUAUCGAAAUCUAUUCUUAAUAAGACUAGCCCCACUUCUUCGAGAGGGUGCCCACCAGCGGAUAAUGCGACCGCUCGGCCGACUAUUGAUCAUCAACGUUCCUUUGACGAGCAGUCAUCGAAAGCAUCUAAUGACAAAUUAAAACAGAGUCGUUCUACCUCCGAGAUAACCACGAAUAAUUCAACACUCGAGCAAGUUGCGAAAGACUAAAGAGAGCCUACUCUUAUAUGACUAAUUCCAUAGCGGAUGACAUUUCAGAUAAUUUCAACUAUUCAGUGUUGCAUAUGAGGUGUAUAUUUCGUAUACGUACAUCUACACAGAGUUGUGUGCAAAAUUAUUUUUUCAAGUUUCCAACUUAUGUUUUGCGCAUAGGAUAUUGUCAUAUAUACUUAAUAUUUAUUCUCAGUGCUGUGUUUGAAGAUUUAUCGACGUUAUUAUAUGGACAAAACACGCAUAAUUAUUAUGGUGUAACGAAAUGAUUUAGCAGAUUGCGCUUUUCUGAAAUCGAAUUUGCAAAGCUCGGUUUAAUCCGAUACAGACUGUUACGUUCAAGACAAUAAUUAUCUUCUUACAGAAGUUUUUACAGUAUCACAAUAUUUCAAUUGUAUAUUUACAUAUAUUUUUUACUGAAGCAAUAACUAAUUAUUAUUUGUUAAAUAAAUAAUCUUGAUUUUAUCAUUUCGAUAUAUAUAUAUGUAUAUAAGAUAUUAAUUUUUUUGGCAAUAAUGUAAUGAAAAAAGAGAAUAAAAAUUUAACAUUUCAUAUAAAUUAUUUUUAUAAUCUUAUUAUUUUAAUAAAACUUUAUUAAAAUAAUAAUAUUUUACACGAGAAUCAGAAUAUAUAUUUUUUCAAAUAAAUUUAAAUUAUUCACCGAUCAUGAUUGAUGAUAUUAUAGAUGUAAGAUAAAAUAUAUUUGCAGAACUCUUAUGAAAUUUCAAGAAACUCUCAAACAUUUCGUUACAUCAUAUCUUGUAAGAUGUUAUGCAUUGUAUUGCAAAUUGCAAAUUGCAAGACAUAGAUAAUGUAUGCAUCAACUUUAUUAAACUGUUAUAUGCCUAACUAUCACGGAAAUAAUUUUUAAAUCAAUAUGCAUUAUAUUCCAUUAUUUCAGAUUUAUUUAUAGAAAUUUGGACAAAUAUGUUUUUUUCGCUUAUAUUCAAUAAGUAUUUAUUUCAGGAGUGCGAAGGCUCGCUUAAGCAUAAGACAGAACUAAUCACAAAACUGGAAGCUAAAACACUGUCGAUGACUGAGACCAUCCAAAAAAUGGAUGAGAAGUAUGUUUAUUUGUCUUUCAUUAGUGUUAAUUAAUUUAUAAGUGCGAUUGUAUAAUUACAUGCAAAUUAAAUUAUUUGAGAUUAAAAAGUAGAGAGCGCUAUCAAUAUAAUAAUUAUAAAUAUCGAAAAAAGUUUCAUGCUUCUUAUUAUCUUGUAUUUCUAUAAAGGAGCAUUAACUUUUUUUGCUAAGUAGCUUAUCUAAUCAACUUUAUUAAUAGAAAUGCUGCAUUGAUAAGCCAGCUUUUUGUUUAGUUACCGUGAAUUUUUGAUGAAGAAUUUUCUAUAUGAUGAACAUCAUCAUUGCAAUUAAUUGGAUCAAUAUUGCAUUAUCUAAUAGCGUAUAUUAAAUGCGACAUGUCUCAUAGAAAAACAAAUAUUCACGGAUAACAGAGAUAAUAUUUUUAAAAAUUUAACGAAAACUCAGUUUUGUUCAAUCUGUAAAAUAUUUUAGAAAUUGCUCGUACCUUUUGUUUGUUGUAAGUAAUUAUUUUUUAUUACUGUAUGUAUAUUGUAUAUACAUACUGUCUAUUUUAUGCAUUUAUUGUUCUUAUCAGUUAGCAAUUACAUAUCUAUCAAAAAAGCAAUUACUAAUCUAAACAAUGCAUCAAAUUUUUUUUGGUGCGUUCAUGUACAUUAUAAGAUAUUUCGUAUAUUGUGAUUUUAUUUUUAUUUUACAAAACUGUAAACUUUUUUUCUCUUGAUAAAGUUUUGCGAUAAAAAAUAUAAUUUUUAAUUACAUAGCUAUACAUAUUAAAUUUAUUGUGGCUAAUAUAAAAAGGGCUAAUACUCAUGUUUGUUACGCUUUGAAAUUUUUGCUAAAUUAGCUGUUAUGAAAUACUGUGCCGUUAUUGGUAUUAUUUAAGAGAAUGUUACAAUUGAUACAUAUGUAAGGAUUUGGUAAAUCUUUUUCAUCGUACUUCUCAUAUAAUGUUACUAUUUCUGAAAGAAGGAUUAAAGAUGUCUUUACACGUUACCGAACUAUUUUAGCAGGCAUUAUUUACGUACAAAUAUAAUUGUUAUGAUAAGACUUUUCUAUCAACUAUCACUAUGCGGUAUGAUAGCGAACGUACCAAUAAUUACACAAUGCACGCAUGCCAAUAAAUGGGCAGCUCUAGCUAAAAACGAUUUAUUUUUUACUUAGAUGUCGCGAAUACCAUCAGAUUUAGAUAGGAUAGAUUAGAGAAACGCGCGAAGGAUUAAAUAAACUCUUAUCGUCACGGGGAUAUUGGCAAACCUUCACUAAUGGCUACUUUAUAAAUAGUUAAAUCGAGACAUAGUUGUUAAUAUUAUAUCAAAACUAUAUUUUAAAGUAUUUCGCAAUAAUUAAUAAAUUCAUACAUUAUGACAUAAUUAUAUUAAUAAAUAUAUUAACGCUAUCACGAUACGGAAGCUAAUAUUAUCGAAUAUUUAAUCAAUGGAUCUCAUGCCGAUAAUUUCUCUAUAUUUGUGAUAUGCAAAAUAAGUUUCUCAUUAUGCUCAUUAUCUUUUAUAUGAUUUAAGGAAAGGAUAUAAAUAAUCGUAUUCGCGUAUUUAAAACGUUGGUUUUAUCCGCGUUUAAGGAACUGAUCAUCAGUGAUCUGCGAUCAUUCUUGUUACCGAAUAAUUUUUUUUCGAUUAAUUUAUACUGAUUUUAUGUUUACACAUGACAAGAGCGCCUCAAAUAAAUUAAAUUAUCACAUUCCCGACAUUUGUAAUUGACACAUCCUCAUAUAAGGCCUUUUAUUCAUAUAAUAGCUAUUUUCUUGUCAAGAGUAAACAAAAUAUUUAAUGAUGAUUAAUUAAAUGUGCCAUAUCCAUAUAUUACUGAUACAAUUAAGUACUCGUAUAAGUCUCGCGCAGUGGAUAUUAUACGUAAUCUACGUGUACUUGUGUACCAACGCUACGAAAAUAAAUUCAUAAUAGAAAAGA